UGCACAGUGCAAGAGAGUGUAAGUGAGUCACACACAGAAUCAGAGUUCAGCCUUCUUACUAGCCCUCGACUCUCCCCCAGUCUCUCACACACACUCACUUAUUCUGACUUUUCUUUGCAGAAAGAAAUCUUUUCCUCAUCUCAUGGCCAUCAAAUCUUAGUUCUAUACUGUUGCUUUAACUGGAGGGGGGUUUUCAGGAGUUCUGUACUUUUGGAUUACAUGGGAAGUUAGUGGUGCUUGUGUUCUCUGUGCCGGGAUGGAACACAUGCCUGCAGUAUUGGUGUUACUGGCAAUACUUGGAGCUGCCUUUGGAGAAUACGAUUAUCAUUUUAUGGAAAAUCCCUCAAAUAUCACAUCCUCUCUGGGAAAAGACAUAGUUCUCAGGUGCAGUGUGAAAGUACAAGAGAUUUUUCCUGAUGUGGAAUGGUUGCAUAAUGGAGAGCUUUUAGGAUUUGCUGAUAUUAAUCAGAUCCAGAUGCCACUGGAUGAAGAAGAAGAAUGGCUCGCCAUCAGUGAAUUGAGCAUUCCCUCCCUGCAGCUUUCAGACUCAGGCCAUUAUAGGUGCGCAGUCACUGUUGAAGGAGAUGAGAUUCUAUCUGAAGAAGCUUACUUAGAGCUGGAAGGUUUGCCAUUUUUUAUUGAAGAACCCCAAGAUCUACAUACUUAUCCAGAUGUGCCCUUCAACCUCAGCUGUCAUGCCCAGGGUCCCCCAGAUCCAGUUUAUGUUAUAUGGCUCCAGAAUGGGGCCCCCCUCAAUUCUCUCAAUGAUGCAUUAGCAUUAAUGCCUUCUGUUCUAGAAAUGAGAGGCCUCAAUAAAUCUUCCUUGUUCUCCUGUGAAGCUCACAAUGCUAAAGGAGUCACUACAUCAAGAACGGCAACCAUUAAAGUAUUGCCAGAAAAACCAAGAGACCUGCAGUUACUGUCCCGGGGCCCUACAGAGCUUGAAAUUUCAUGGCAGCCUGGAAGAAGCGGAGUCCAUCCACAGCAUGUUUGCACAGUACAGGCUUCUCUCCCCCAUUCAGGCUUCACCUCUGACCCCCAUCAUAAGAUUUAUAACCAGAACCUAAACGUGCCUCCUUAUAGCCAUGUGAUUGGUAGCCUGACCCCAUACACCACAUACAAUGUCCGUGUUGCCUGCUUGAGCAGUGAGGGUGUGUCCCAUUGGACUGACUGGGUUGCCAUUGAAACCACAGAAGGAGUUCCAGCAGGACCUCCUGAGAAUGUUACUGUAACAACAAAUGGAACUGUAACAAUUGUGAUGUGGACAGAACCACAAUCGCCCGUUAAUGGAAUUUUGCGAGGAUAUAAACUGGCAUAUAGAAUGAAAGAAUUGGAAGAGGUUGUAGUUGAUGCAGGUUUGACCUAUAAAGAAAUACUUGAGACAGAUCAUCCUGAAGAUCUGACUGUAAGGGUGUCUUCAUACACAAACGCUGGUGAUGGACCCUGGAGUGAUCCUGUGACUGUAUCUCCUACAUAUGAUACAUCGACAUCUUUUUCUUCUCCAGUUGUAAAGGCGAAUACUGCACCUCUUUUCUCCUGGAAUUGGUGGUAUGUGGCUUUAGCAGUUGCUAUAGCAUUUUUCUGUGCUAUAUGCAUUGCCAUUUUCCUGGCACACACAAGGAAGAAGGAGACACGCUAUGGAGAGGCUUUUGAGCCGACUGUGGAACAAGGGGAGCUUGUAGUGCAUUAUAGAGUAAAGAAAUCAUACAGCCGGCGCACUACUGAGGCCACAUUAAACCGACUGGGUAUCAGCAAUGAUCUGAAAGAGAAGUUACGUGAUGUUAUGGUAGAUCGGCACAAGCUGGCACUUGGCAAGACUCUUGGGGAAGGGGAGUUUGGCUCAGUCAUGGAAGGUCAGUUAAACCAAGAUGACUACAUCCUUAAAGUGGCUGUGAAAACAAUGAAAAUUGCUAUCUGCACUCGUACUGAAAUGGAAGAUUUUCUGAGUGAAGCUGUCUGUAUGAAAGAAUUUGACCAUCCAAAUGUCAUGAGACUUAUAGGCGUUUGUCUGCAGAAUACUGAAAAUGAAGGCUAUCCAUCACCCGUGGUCAUUUUGCCCUUUAUGAAGCAUGGAGACUUACAUAGCUUCCUCCUUUACUCGCGACUGGGCGAUACACCUCUGUUUCUACCCACGCAAACACUGGUGAAGUUCAUGACAGAUAUUGCAAAUGGUAUGGCCUACCUGAGUGGCAAAAACUUCAUUCACAGAGACCUCGCAGCCAGGAACUGCAUGCUGAAUGAGAACAUGAACGUCUCUGUGGCAGAUUUUGGCCUCUCCAAAAAAAUCUACAACGGGGACUAUUACAGGCAAGGCCGUAUUGCAAAAAUGCCUGUUAAAUGGAUCGCAAUAGAGAGCCUUGCAGAUAGAGUCUAUACAACAAAAAGCGAUGUGUGGUCUUUUGGGGUAACUAUGUGGGAGAUUGCAACCCGAGGUCAGACACCAUAUCCUGGUGUAGAGAAUAGUGAAAUAUACGACUACCUGCAGCAGGGAAACCGUCUGAAGCAACCUCCAGAUUGUCUAGAUGGACUGUAUGAGCUGAUGUCCAGCUGUUGGCAGCUGAAUUCCAAAGAUCGUCCAUCUUUUGAUACAAUGUGUAGUGAGUUGGGGAAAAUUCUCAAGAACCUUCCUCCGAUUAAAGAUCCUGAGGAGAUUCUGUAUGUUAACAUGGAAGAUGCCUCCUCUCCUUUGUCUGAAGAGUUAGGUGCAGUAGGCGGCCAAGAUGCCAAGGAUCUUGGAGAUGAUCUUUUCUUCAAAGCUGGUCCAGUCACUGCAGAGGUUCACCACUCUGAAAAUUCCAAUCGUUAUGUCAUGUGCCCAGCCCAUGAGACGACAAGACUUUUGGGGACAACACCAUCUACAGAACACCCAUCUUACAACUCUGCACUGGAGGAUGGAACUGUAGAAGAGGUUGUAACUUCCAGACAAUAAUCCAAGCCAAGUUGCAUUAUUAUGUGUUACUCCAAUGCACUUUUACAAACUUGUAGUGUUUUGUUCCGAAAACUUUUUUUUAAGGAACUUUCCAACCAUUCCAGUUUAAAGGCAUUACUUUUUGAAAACUCACCACUGAUCUUCUUGCUUGUGAGUUUUUCUUUUUUUGACAUACUGUCCUGGUCAUGUGUUGAAGUAGUUCAAGUAUCUUAGACGUUCUGGGAUGUGAUUAUGGAGAUUCGUGACCAAAGACUGGAUGGAGCUCGUAACUGCCAUGAUCAGCUUGCAAGAAUGUAGCCAUAAGAAUUUUAUUUUUUUUAUUUGACUCCAUUAAUUGGUCUAUUUUUAUGCUUUUAUAUUGACUGUGGUCCUUUCACAUUUGAUAUUUGGACCAUUUUGUAUUUUACAUCUGAUUUUCAAACUAAGAGUUUCCUGUGCAUUUUGAGUGGUAUUCCUCAUCAAUAUGAAGAGGGAUUGUUUGUAUCUUAAUUACAUACUGCAGUUACAGUUUAUAACUACGUAUGGAGAAAUUAUUCUCCCGGCAUUCUAGUCCUAUUAUAGAGUAAUGUGCAUUAA